GAGAAGGUUCCUCCUGUUUCUUCCCCACCCACUCUGGGUCUGCGCUGGCGGAGAUGGACCAUCCAACACCCAAGGUCCUUCUAGCCAGGCCCCGCUGCCCCUCCCUACGAAUGUGGGCUUUGGAGGUCGGCAGCGGGAGGUUCUCAGUGCCACCCUCUAUCAGCAGGAACCCGGCCAUGGUGAACGAACCCAGAGGGGAUGGUGGCCCCACGCCCCGCUCAGAGGGCAGCAGCAGUGGCAGCGAGAGCUCGAAGGACAGUUCGAGAUGUUCCACGCCGGGGCUGGACCCCGAGCGCCACGACAGACUCAGGGAGAAGAUGAGGCGGAGGAUGGAAUCUGGUGACAAGUGGUUCUCCCUAGAAUUCUUCCCUCCUCGGACAGCUCAGGGAGCCGUCAAUCUUAUCUCGAGGUUUGAUCGGAUGGGGGCAGGUGGCCCCCUCUUCAUAGAUGUGACCUGGCACCCAGCAGGGGACCCUGGCUCGGACAAGGAGACCUCCUCCAUGGUGAUCGCCAGCACUGCUGUGAACUACUGUGGCCUGGAGACCAUCCUGCACAUGACCUGCUGCUGCCAGAGCCGGGAACAGAUCACAGGCUAUCUGCACAAGGCCAAGCGGCUGGGCCUGAAGAACAUCUUGGCCUUGAGGGGAGACCCCGUGGGUGACCAGUGGGAAGAGGAGGAAGGAGGCUUCAGCUAUGCUGCAGACUUGGUGAGGCACAUCCGAAGUGAGUUUGGCGACUACUUUGAUGUUUGCGUAGCAGGUUACCCCAAAGGCCACCCCGACGCAGGGAGCUUUGAGGCCGACCUGAAGUACUUGAAGGAGAAGGUAUCCGCAGGAGCCGACUUCAUCAUCACCCAGCUUUUCUUUGAGGCUGACACAUUCUUCCACUUUGUUAAGGCUUGCAGCGAGAUAGGCAUUACCUGCCCCAUCCUCCCCGGAAUCUUUCCUAUUCAGGGUUACCACUCCCUUCGGCAGCUUGUGAAACUAUCCAAGCUGCAGGUGCCGCAGCGGAUCAAGGACGUGAUCGAGCCGAUCAAAGACAAUGACGCGGCCAUCCGCAACUACGGCAUCGAGCAGGCUGUGAGCCUGUGCCAGGAGCUUCUGACCAGUGGCUUGGUGCCAGGCCUCCACUUCUACACCCUCAACCGAGAGGUGGCCACCAUGGAGGUGCUGAAGCGCCUGGGCAUGUGGAUUGAGGACCCCAGGCGUCCACUGCCCUGGGCUAUCAGUGCCCACCCCAAGCGCCGGGAGGAAGAUGUGCGUCCCAUCUUCUGGGCAUCCAGACCGAAGAGUUACAUCUACCGCACCCAGGAGUGGGAUGAGUUCCCCAACGGCCGCUGGGGCAAUUCCUCCUCUCCAGCCUUCGGGGAGCUGAAGGACUACUACCUCUUCUACCUGACGAGCAAGUCCCCGAGGGAGGAGCUGCUGAAGAUGUGGGGGGAGGAGCUGACCAGCGAAGAAAGCGUCUUCGAAGUCUUUGCCUGCUACCUCUCGGGAGAGCCCAACCAGAGUGGCUAUAAGGUGACUUGCCUGCCCUGGAAUGACGAGCCCUUGGCAGCCGAGACCAGCCUGAUGAAGGAGGAGCUGCUGCGAGUGAACCGGCAAGGCAUCCUCACCAUCAAUUCCCAGCCCAACAUCAACGGGAAGCCGUCCUCCGACCCCAUUGUGGGCUGGGGCCCCAGCGGGGGCUAUGUCUUCCAGAAGGCCUACCUGGAGUUUUUCACUUCCCGUGAGACCGUGGGGGCGCUCCUGCAGGUGCUGAAGAAGUAUGAGCUCCGGGUUAAUUACCACAUUGUGGAUGUGAAGGGUGAAAACAUCACCAACGCCCCCGAGCUGCAGCCCAACGCGGUCACUUGGGGCAUCUUCCCCGGGCGAGAAAUCGUCCAGCCUACAGUGGUGGAUCCCGUCAGCUUCAUGUUCUGGAAGGAUGAAGCCUUUGCCCUGUGGAUCGAGCAGUGGGGCAAGCUGUAUGAGGAGGAGUCCCCGUCCCGCAUGAUCAUCCAGUACAUCCACGACAACUACUUCCUGGUCAACCUGGUCGACAACGAGUUUCCGCUGGACAACUGCCUGUGGCAAGUGGUGGAAGACACAUUUGAGCUUCUCAACAGGCCCGGGCCAGAGCAGGAGACGGAGACUCUGUGAUCUGUGCCCUGAUGGCCUUAGCUUGAGGCCACUGGGUCCUGCCGUCCUCCUCCCCGGUCCUGGUUUUCCUGGGGACCCGUCUUCUCCGUUUUCUCCCCGAGCCCUGGCCUCCACCCCUCACACGGUGAUGGCAGCUAGACUGGUGUGGGGCUCGCGGGCUCUGGCUGGACCGGAGUCCGCCCCAUAUCGGAGCCUGGUGUUCGAGGCUCAGCCUGGUGCUCUUUGGUGAGGAGCACCCCCAUCGUGCAGAGGACCGAGAUGGGUGGAACAGCCUCCUCCCUGAGAAGGAGAGGGGAUAGUUGUUGCUGACUGAGCCCUUGAACCAGGGCAGCUCCUGGGAGCCGGCCCUGGGGCUGCCAGUGACCUUGCACUUGGCACCCACCAAGACGGCAAAGUGAACCCGGGUAGCAGGCGCUGGCGGCGCUGCAGAAGAGAUGCAGCAGAGCGAGGGUGCCGCGCCCGUGUCUCGGAAAUGUUGGCUGCUGGGCACUUACCUGCUCGUGCCACCUGCCCUGCCCACCUGCCUGCGUCCCAGGCCUCUGGACAGGCCUGGGCCUGACGUGACAGUGCAGGCAUUCCUUGCCAGCAUCCUGCGAGCCCACUGGGCUUUCACCUUUCUACAAGGCUGCUUUUUGAAAGAGCCGUUUCUAUGUUCUGGGGGCUCCAGACGGAAAGCGUCUCUGAAAGACUAAAGGCAUCUGAACCCUUCUACUUGGUGGAGCCCUUGGCCUUCCCUCCCUUGACUCCCACCCCGGCCUGUAGAGCCAUACCCUGUCCGUUACCGUCAAGGGCAAAGAUAAGGCUCCAUUGAGCAGGA